CUUCGCGCUCUUUCUCUCUCCCUCUCUCUCUCUUUAUCUUCUUAUGCUUCGUCGUAAUCGUCCUCCUCCUCCACUUCAUCAAUGUCGACCUCCUCUUCGUCGCCGUUGGAUUCGUUGAAGAGUUGGGUUGUCGCCAACUACUCGGAGCCGUUGGAUUCGCUGAAGCAAUCGCUGAGGGUCGCCUAUGUCGUCUUCGCCUUUUGCUCCGCCUUCUUCCUCGGAGGCUUCAAAGCUUUGUUAGUUGGUCCUGUUGCUGCGGCGCUUCUGAUAAUUGGGAACGUAGGGGUGAUACUCGGCCUCUUACCAUGGCACGUCGCGUGGACCGUUUAUUCUCUCAUCAAGACUAAUUAUAUCAAUUCGGCUCUGAAAUUCGCAUUUCUUUUCGUUCUGCCCAUUCUGUUCGCUCUCUGGUUGGCUCUAAGCAUUUUCGGGAGCAUUCUAGUUGGGGUCGGCUACGGUUUCUUCGCACCAUGGGUCUCCACAUUCGAGGCCUUUCGACAGGACAGCGAAACAAAGAAGUUCCUCCAUGGCGUUGUGGACGGAACAUGGGGAACAAUCAAAGGGAGUUGCACGGUAGUUAGGGAUUUUGCCGACAUAUGCUACCACUCUUACCCACUCUACCUGAAAGAAUUGCGUGAAAGUUCCCACAAUCAUCAGCCCCAUUCAAUCAGGUUGGUGGAUGUGCCGGCAUGUAUUCUUGUGGCCCUGAUGGGCUUAAUAGUCGACAUACCGCUUUACACGGUUAUAGCACUGAUAAAGAGCCCUUACAUGCUUUUCAAGGGGUGGCAGAGGUUGCUACAUGACCUUAUAAGUAGAGAAGGCCCCUUUCUUGAAACAGCUUGUGUGCCGAUCGCCGGCCUGGCCAUCCUUCUCUGGCCUCUCGUUGUCGUGGGGAGCGUCGUAUUGGCUAUUGUGUCGAGCAUCUUUAUUGGGCUGUAUGGAUCUGUUGUUGUGUUUCAGGAGAGAUCUUUCCAAAGGGGAGUAGCCUACGUAGUUGCCAUGGUCUCAGCGUUUGAUGAAUACACUAAUGAUUGGCUUUAUCUGAAAGAGGGCUCUAUCCUUCCAAAGCCCCAAUACCGAAAGAGGAAAGCAUCUAACUCUACGGAGUUUUCCGUAGGAGCAAGUAUUUCUAAAGGAAUUAGGUCCACUCCAAGCUCAUCGGCAGCGCCUGCCAUGUUGGUCCCAAACUUGGCUCCUUCGAGAUCAGUUAGAGAGGCAAUACAAGAAGUGAAAAUGGUGCAGAUAUGGGAAGACAUAAUGAAGUCCUGCGAAAUAAGGGGCAAGGAAUUAGUUGAUGCAAGUGUCAUAACACCAUUCGGUCUAUACGAGUGGCUCAGAACAAAAGGAUGCGCCCAAGAGACGGUCAGCCUCGGACUACCUUCUUACGCUUUACUCCACACUAUUCUCUACUCCAUCAAAACCGGAUCGGGCGGUCUAAUGCUCAGCGGUGGGACGGAGGUUACUCAUCAUAACCGCCCGCAAGACCGGCUUUUGGACUGGUUCUUCCAUCCGGUUAUAGUUUUGAAGGAGCAAAUCCAGGCCAUUAAAUUGAGGGAGGAGGAAGUGAGGUUCUUGGAGAAAUCAGUUCUCUUCAGCGGUAACAUCGCUGACGGGAAUUCUUGGGACAAUGGUUCGGCCGUUCCUCAUGACCCACUGAGGGCUGCUCAGAUUCAGGCCAUCAGCAGAAGGUUGGUUGGCAUGACGAGGAGCAUUUCGAAGUUCCCGACGUACAGGAGGCGAUACAGGCAAGUAGUAAAGCUGCUUAUCACUUACUCCCUCGAGAGGGACGGCUCGUGUGCGUCCCGUUCGAAUAGAUCGGUCUCGUCCAUCGAAAUCGUGCCUUGUGAAGUAUAGCAAGCCUUUUUCUUUCCCCCCUCCUCUUUUCGUCACGGUGUUAAUAUAUUUAGAGUAGUUAAUCAGUUUAGCUUGUGAAAUUGAUAGAGAACGUAAAAGCGCGCAGUUUGUAGAGAAAGAGAUCAAGCCGAAACUAGCGUUGCUGGCGCAAUAAUCUUAGAUUUGAAAGAUUGUUGAGCUUGUUUGAGAUAUUGCUGUGAAAAUGACUCCAAUGUCUUGUAAAUAUGUAAUUUUUUUCAUGUACAGAAGAAUCAAUCAUUGUUUUUGUUUC